GCGAACCGAAGCCGAACUCGAAGUCGCAAGCAUAUGUACGCAAUGGCAAACGGCAAUGGCCAAGUAUUUGAGCAAACGACAGUGACCGAAUCGUGCCAUAACGAGCUCUGACAGUGAGCAGUGAACAAGCAGAAGAUUGCUACCAUCGGUGGAAAGUUUUCUGAACUGUUUUCAGUGCUGUGAAAGUGCUAAACUGUGAGAAGUGGUUUAAACUGUUACUUGUUUUCUAGUGCCUGCAGGUGCAGUGUUUUUAGUGAGUUCCUUCCAAUUGGCCUGCUUUGUCCAGUGGCAACGGCAGUAGAUUGAAGCUUCUAUUCCGGAGCAGAGAACUGUUACUGGUCUAUCCUCGUGAAGAAAGGUUUCCUAGCAGUUACCAGUCGGCCAGUGCAAAACUACGUACGAAGCAAAAAUGUCGCAGCAGAAAGUGCACAUCGAAAAGGCACAGAACUUCAUGCGCCAGUACCGGGAUCCGGAAUCGAGAGAGCUGAAGAAGCUGUCCGCUAAUCAGUUUAUGGACGUCUGGAGUCACUACGACCGGGACGGAAAUGGAUACAUCGAAGGCACAGAGCUGGAUGGCUUCCUCAAAGAAUUCGUCUCCAGUGCGAAUGCAACCGAUCUUGGACCAGAGUCACUGACAGACGAGAUGCUGGUGGAGCUAAAGGCAUGCUUCAUGGAGGCUUACGACGAUAACCAGGAUGGAAAAAUCGACAUCCGAGAGCUCGCCCAGCUUUUGCCGAUGGAGGAAAACUUUUUGCUACUAUUUCGAUUCGAUAACCCACUGGAGUCGAGCGUCGAGUUUAUGAAGAUCUGGCGGGAGUACGAUUCGGAUAACAGUGGCUACAUCGAAGCGGAUGAGUUGAAGAAUUUCCUCCGUGACCUGCUGAAGGAAGCCAAGAAAAUUAACGACGUGUCGGAAGAUAAAUUAAUCGAAUACACGGACACAAUGCUGCGGGUUUUUGACGCCAACAAAGACGGUCGGUUGCAGUUGUCGGAAAUGGCCAAGUUACUACCCGUGAAGGAAAAUUUCCUCUGCCGGCAAGUGUUCAAGGAAGGCAGAAUAGAAGAAGAUGGUGCUGCCAAGCUGACAAAAGAGGAUAUCGAAAAGGUGUUCUCCCUCUACGAUAGGGAUAAUAACGGCGCGAUUGAGAAUGAGGAGCUGAGAGGAUUCCUUAAAGAUUUACUAGAGUUAGUGAAGAAGGAUUAUGACGCCCAGGACCUAAACGAAUUUGAGGAAACAAUUCUGCGGGGUGUUGGCUACGACAAGGAUGGCAAAAUUUCGCGCAAAGAACUGACGAUGAUCCUGCUGGCGCUGGCCAAACAGCCCCCAGAGGACGAGCAGUAAUAUGGUGACUAUACUUCUCUCGAUUCGCACCCGCCGCUGCCAACGCCAUCGUCCUCUUCGUCGCACCGUCGCACCUCCCGGUCCGGUUCGUUGUCAUUCGCAUCGGCCAUGCAGCCGAUCGCGAAGCUCAGGAUGUUGAUGGGUCUGGGCGGAGGCACUGGUGGCGGGGAUCAUUCACAGCAACAUCAGCAUAAUCCACCAGUAGAAGAACGCGUGAGAGACUUCUAUCGGCGACUCACACGAAAAGAUAGAAAAGCCUAGGAAACAAAUACAAAACUUUAGCCGGUGCCGCUGGCCUUUAAACACCAAUUCCGUAGCGAAAACGAAAAAAUAAACAACUUAAUAGUAGUGAUUCAAAGGUCACCAAAUGCAAAAACUAAUUGGAGGAUAAUUGGCGAGCCGAUCGAGAAGUUGUUCAAAUAAGUAGUUAAACGAUCAACUAAGCAAAAUUUUUAGCAGAACACUUGCACACACACAUUAAUAAUUGGCGAAAUUUCGGAUAUCGGCAAAUCCGAAAACGUUUACGCAGAGCAGAGAGUGGAAGCAGCAGAGCACAAGUUAAUCCGUCUAAUAAACAUAAUUUCUUACUUUUUGAAAGCAGAAUGGAACGUUAGGUGAAAAAAAAACGGGACAAAAUAGUUGAAGGCAACCGAAAUCACGGUUUCAGAAUUUUUUUCACACAAUAUGGUGGAUAACCACGCGCCUCCACCAAAGUAAUCAUCACUGAGAGCGCAUGGCUAGUUACAGCUUUAACUGAUGCAAGAUUGCCAUGAUUUCCAACCAAACUUUGUUCCCAUGCCAACACUUCCUUUAAAAUAACACCUUGAAGCUUCAUCACUUUCAAAUAUCAGAAAAAUACUGAAAAAAGUGCUUUGCCACUAGUGUAGGUUAGUCAUUUAGAUCGAGUUCCUGACAAAGGUACGCAACUUUUCCUCCUUUUUCUGUACCCUAAAUAAUGUUUAAUGCUCUAAACACACGAGUGGCGAUGAUUCUGCUACAAUUAGAAACCAAAAUCACAAUUGUAAACUCUCUACCUGAUAUAAACAGUAAAAUGGUCGUACAACCGUGUGAUGAAGUUAGUUCAUUCAUAACCGGAAGAAAAAGAUGUGCAUUAACGUAUGAAAAACAAAACUAUAAAACAAAGAAUACUUAUACGCAAAUUAAUUAACAAACCCAACGCACGCUGAUUGCUAGAAAUAUAACUAGUUAUGGCCUAACUGAUUGGAAGCAAGAAGAUGGUGGAUAAAAACGGUUCCACGUUUCACAAGCUUUUUCGGCAGACCGAAAAGAACAAGCAGAAAUACGGUGUGCCAAACGUACGACAAAGAAAAAUUAAAAAAAAAAAACAGAACAUAUUCAAACAAACUCAGAAAAAUCACAAAGCUUAAUGUUUAUAUCCAAUACACAGCCUCGAACAAGUUGAUGUUAACUCGUGUUUAAGCUACUAGUCACCCCCUCCUCCCUCUCUACCUAAAAAUAAGAGAAAAAAAUCCGUCACCAUUUUUUCCAACCCUUUCUCUAAAUUCUCAGAUUUCUCUAUAUAUCACUACCUGAUAGCUGUUACUCGUUCCAAACCUAUUCCGUACCCUUAAAUAUUAACCUGACCCAGUAUGAGUGGACAAGAAGAGCACGAGAAACCGUAAAUGAAGUUCUAGGAAAAAAAGUUGAGUUCGAAUGAUUGCAAAGCAAUCCAAAAUUCCGGCCAUUUAAAAACGUUGAUCGCAGAAAGCGCAGCAGUGUGAGCGAGAACAAAGAGAUAAUUUCCACACGUUCUAAUCAAAACAAGCCUAAUUAUGCCCGCCACUGUAUAAAUGUUAUAAAAGAAACAGAAACCUAUUCUAAUUCACUUCUAACUGUUAUUGUUGUUAUAUGGAGAAUUGCUGACCCGAGAAAAUAUAUUUAAAAUGAAAAGAUAUUUUCCCUUCCUUCGCUGUUGUAGAGUGGUUGUUAUUUUCCUAAACUUAUUUACGGCACAACCUAGAGAAAGAUGUUUAUAAGCAGUUAAGUUGAAUCGCAGAAACAAUGUUCUGUUGGCUACGGUUUCAGAAAUUCUAUGUCCCCCCUUGUUUUGUGUUCCCAAAUCUCGAAUAAAGAAGACAGCAAACGAUCGCGUAGGAAAACUCAAUACAUAUAACAAUAUAUUUAUUACGGAGUAGUUUCGAAACUUGAUUUGAUCGCGGUGCGCACGCAAAACGGUGAUGAACGAAAUUCCUAGCUUAUUUGUAACUUUAACGAAAAUGAUUGUUAACAAUAAUGGUGAGUAUCAAUAAAACUCUGUAUUACCAACUGCUUG